AUAAACUACAGCUUCACAAGAAAAGGCGACACACUGUUUCCAGAGACUUGCUAUGCAGAUGCUACGAAUUGCUGCAGUUAUUCUUUUUGUUCUCAAGCAUAUCUCCGCCAACUCAACCGCCAACGAAGCGGAAAAAUAUGACAUAAUAAAGUUUCUGAACACAACCGAGAAGAUAUGGCUAUAUAAUACAAGCGCAACAACACGUCUCUUUUGUAGAUUUGACAGUAAUUUUCAAAUGAACGACACGGCUGUGUCUUUUGACAAGUUCUACUGGCAUAAGAAGUGGGCGAAGAAGAGAUUUGUAGGAGUGCUCCGCAGUUGGGACUCAGCAUACAAAACAGGCAGACUCUAUGACAGUAUGGAUGUUUUAACCACGGAUCGCCGUCAUAAAUGGGUAGAAAUAUUGGUAUACCAGAACACUGAGAGCACGUGUGCUGUAUUCAGACUGAUGUACACGAAGGACGGUAAGAUAAAAUUCAGUACUGAACUUCGUGUUAAGAAUUCUGCCAUUGAUAGCGGACCUGACCAAAACUGCUCAACAGAGUUCCAAAGUUAUCUCGAAGGAAGGACUCCGAAACAAGUAUAUCAUCCUAAAUGCAAAAAUGAUACUGACUUGAUUGGUGACGCUUACUAAAUGGCUUAGCAGAUUUCAUAUAAAUAAACUGCAUUUGUGCCAGGA